CCUCCCCGGGAGUUGAAGGUUCAGACAAACUUGCGCAGCCUGGACUGUAGGGGGAAGGAGUGGGAGGGGUGCCGAGGUGGGCACCUACCUCUCUACAUUUAAGCUUUUCCUAGAAAAGGCUAGCGAUUAAAAUCAGGUCCUGCCUUCCCCUCCCACCCGCACCCCAACCCCCCACCGCACACACACUUGCUCAUCCUGUGAUGAGCGCUCUGGGUGAGUGUGUCAGAGUGUGAGUGUGAGCGCGAGUGUGCGUGUGUGCCCGCGCGGUUGCCAACCGCUGUGUGAUCUCUCCGCUCCCUGGACUAGGCAUUUGCGAGACGAAAGACGUGAACAGGCUUAAAGUAUGGCAUGUUGCAAAGAUGGUUUCUACCAAGAAGGAGCCAGGAACCACGAUGUCCUCCGGGGUCAGUUUUACCCUCUUGCACUUCCUGUGCCUGGCGGCUUGUUUAAACGAACCCCCAGGAGAUAUCAAAAAGGAGGAGAAAUUACGUCCAGAGAAUUUCACCCACAUCCUGGACAGUUUACUCGAUGGUUAUGACAACAGACUGCGUCCUGGAUUUGGGGGUCCUGUUACAGAAGUGAAAACUGACAUAUAUGUCACCAGCUUCGGGCCUGUUUCUGAUGUGGAAAUGGAAUACACAAUGGAUGUCUUCUUCCGGCAAACAUGGAUUGACAAAAGACUAAAAUAUGAUGGUCCCAUUGAAAUUUUAAGGCUGAACAAUAUGAUGGUGACUAAAGUGUGGACACCUGAUACUUUCUUCAGGAAUGGGAAAAAAUCUGUUUCCCAUAAUAUGACCGCCCCAAACAAGCUUUUUAGAAUUAUGAGAAAUGGCACCAUUUUAUACACAAUGAGGCUUACCAUAAGUGCAGAGUGUCCCAUGAGAUUAGUGGAUUUCCCCAUGGAUGGUCAUGCAUGCCCUUUGAAAUUUGGGAGUUAUGCUUACCCAAAGAGUGAGAUGAUCUAUACCUGGACAAAAGGUCCUGAGAAGUCUGUGGAAGUUCCAAAAGAGUCUUCCAGUUUAGUUCAGUAUGACCUGGUUGGGCAAACAGUGUCCAGCGAAACCAUCAAAUCUAUUACAGGUGAAUACAUUGUUAUGACAGUUUACUUCCAUCUCAGAAGGAAAAUGGGCUAUUUCAUGAUUCAGACAUAUAUCCCAUGCAUCAUGACUGUGAUUCUUUCUCAAGUUUCCUUCUGGAUAAAUAAAGAAUCUGUUCCAGCUAGAACUGUGUUUGGAAUAACAACUGUUCUGACAAUGACAACUCUGAGCAUCAGUGCCAGGCAUUCCUUGCCCAAAGUGUCUUAUGCUACUGCCAUGGAUUGGUUCAUAGCUGUGUGCUUUGCUUUUGUGUUCUCUGCUCUCAUUGAGUUUGCUGCGGUCAACUACUUUACUAAUGUCCAAAUGGAAAAAGCCAAAAGGAAGCCAUCAAAACCCCAGCAGGAACUUCCUGGCCCUUCAGUACAGAAAGAAAAGUGUUCUGAAGAACCACUUCAGAAUACAGAUGCCAAUUCAAAUGUGAGAAAAAGAACCAAUGUACCAGUUCAAUCUGAUGCUGAUGUUGGCAACAGAGCCCAGUCUGGAAACGUGUCAACGGAAACUUCUGUAGAAGCUCAGGGGCCUUCUGGCACCACACCACAAUCCUAUCUAGCUUCCAGUCCCAACCCAUUCAGUCGGGUGAAUGCAGCUGAGACAAUCUCUGCUGCUCGAGCACCUCCUCCAGCUCCUCCAUCCACUCCUAUUUUAACUGGGUAUGUGUCCCAGCUGGUCUCCACUGUCUCUCCAGCUAGGCGUCACGUACUUGGAUCAAGACUGAAACAGAUCCAAACCAAGGUCAAUACUUUUGGAUCUUCUGGAAAAUCGUCGGCUGUUACGCCUCCCCCUGCGCCACCACCUGUAGGCUCUGGCACGAGUAAAAUAGACAAAUAUGCCCGUAUUCUUUUCCCUGUCACAUUUGGAGCAUUUAAUAUGGUCUAUUGGGUAGUCUACUUAUCUAAGGACCCUAUGGCGAAAUCAGAAAGUCUAAUGUAGUGGUGUUUUUGUUUUGUUUUGUUUUGCUGCUAUGUAGUAGUUUCCUUAACAAUAAUGCACUUUAGUGCAGAGUACAUUUUAAACUUUUUUAAAAAGCAAAACCAUUUCUUUCUCCUAUAAUGAAAGCUUUGUAUAUGUUCUUUAAUGCUAUAUAUGUAUAUAUUUAUGCAUAUGUCAUAUAUAUGUAUAUGCCAAUUACCGAGAGAAUUAAAUCUUCAGUGAAAAGAAAAUAAUUUCUUCCCCUCCCCAAAUGACAAUAUAAAUAGAAGAAACUUAAAUCAAUUUAGAAGAAAAUCAGAACUUAAUUGUCCAGAAGCCCCCAUGGGGAAGUUUGGACAAGGAGCACUGGGCUGUUGUUGUUCAUUGAAAUCUGAAAAUGGGCAUUGGUGUUUUAAAAAUAUCCUUAGUGAAUAUCAGCAGCUUUAUGAGUUUAUAGUGGUAUUCCCCUUAACCAGAAGUAUAUAUGUUGUAUCACAUGCAGUGACCUUUCAGAAUCUUUUUAGUGCCUGUGAGAAAAGAAUUUCUCCUGUUAGACCAAUGAAGGGGAAAAAUACUGAAUAGCUGAAAUAAAUUCCCAAUGCAUUGAUGAAGCAAUGCAUGUAGGAGAAAAACAAGUUUACUCCUUAUUCAGAGCAACCAUGACCUGAUUGCACCAGCUAGGAAAUUCUUGCUUUGGUGCUCCAGUAAACCUGUGAUCUCAUUGAUGUGGGUAUUUUCUCCACUCAUAUAGAUCCCAGCUGAUCCAUACCUGCCAUGAAUAAAAAUAUAGCACAUUCGUAAGGAAAAGCAUUUCUUCUGAAAAGCGCACACCUUUCAACUCACAUAGGCAAUGAAUGUAUUGCCCUAUCACCAUCUUAUUACAAUUAGCAUGAAGAAUUGCUUUCCAAGCAGAGAAAUACUUGAAUUUCCAAAAUGAAGUGAAUGUCCUAACUAUAAUAAGAUUUUAGUAUCUGGUUCCCUCAAAGCUGAAUUCUCAGGUAGUGAUCAGCUAUCUCUUUUUGAUCAGUGUGGGUAAUUGCCAGGGUAGCAACGUAGGUCUAAAAGUAGAUCUAAUAUAGUUUUAGAGAGAGCUAACAGAAAAGUUUCAUGACUUUCCCAGGGUUACUUAGUUAGGAUGUGUCAGAAACAGGACAUAUAUCUUGAUUCCUGAUUUCCUGAUUCCAAGGUUCCAUUCACUAUGCCAAGCUGACUCUUUGUAGAAGAUAGACUGAUGCUACAGUGUACUCAUGUGCAGAUUUUAAGAUGAAAUAAAUAUGUGACUAGCUUUUGCAGUAGGCACCUAAAAAUAAGAACAAAAAGGGGAAAGACAGAUUGUCCUGGGUUCCACUGCUGGUAUAAAUAAAUCACUACAUACCGCAGUGAUGCCGAAUAUCAGUUCUGGAUACCAUGAGAUUUGACAAAUCAUAAGCCCUCAGACAUGAGUUGAGUCAAAUUUUUCUUUGCACCCAAGAGGCCUUAUAUGAGGUGACUUAAUUUUUUGAGUAGUGAGUUAAUAGGAAGAAAGGGCUAACAUGUAACAAGGCAAAUGUUUCAUGGUCCUCUUUUGGAUCCACUUCCCUACAUGAGUUGGCAGAAGCUGCUAAGAAUCCUGACAAAAGACUGUACUCUUGGAGAGGCUUGAUAAUUUCGAUGAAGUCUUUGAACUUAACAAUAUUUCCAAAGGAAUGUGGGUAAAAUAAUAAUUCAAAGGCAUUGAACAGGGUUUAAUUUACUCAUUUAGGAAGAUUUAAAGAAUUUUUAGCAAAGAAACCUUUUUCCGUUACAGAAGGUAGACUGGAGAAUGUAAUUGAAUGUCUCCAAUAUGGAUCAUGGAGCUCAGUCUACACUUGACUUUGUGCCUCUUCACUAUUCUCCUGCUCUCUUAUAAAAUCACUCAAUGGAAUGGGAGCAGUUUUCCUCAAAAGUAUUUAGGAAUGUUCUGCUGGUAGGAGCCUCCACAAAAAAUAGAUUGGGAAUUUCUUGGCCACUGCCACUGCCUUUUCAAAGCCUCACUUAUAUAACUUGUACUUCAAGGAGAUCUUGAUAUUGACCAUUACUGAAAAGAACAAAUACAGAACAUCUGCUGUAUUUGGGUGUCAAAAUUACUGAAUAUUUAUCCUGGGAUAUUUUUCUAGGUGAUGUAUACCUGGGAUAACUAGAAAAAUAUGAAUAAUUUACAGGUUUUUCCCCACCAUUAUUCACACCACCAACACAAUAAAUACUCAAUAUCUUCCAGAUUUAUCAGGUUGUUCAUCUAUUUUUUGAAAAGAGAAAACUUCUGGACCUGGAGACUUCAAAGACCUGAGUUAAAAUCUAGCCUCAGACACUUACUGGCUGUGUGUCUCUAAACAAGUCACCUAAUUUUUUUUUGCCUAAGAAAAUCUACAACAAACAAAUGCAUGAAUCCAGAGAUAUCUCUGGUGGUGAAAAGAUGAUUUAACUUCAUGGUUGCAAAGUGGUAGAGUGUUGGGACUUAAUUAUUAGAACAAAUAUAAGGAAAGACUCUGUGUGUUGCAGUGGAAAAAAAUCAAUGCAAUAAAAUGGGAAUAAUAAUCUUUGAAGUACUACCUACCAAUCAUUCAGAGAUGUUCUGAGGACAGUGUUUUGUAAACCUUAAAGUGAUAUUAAAAUGUGACUUCUUAUUAUUAAUUUUUAUUAAAGAAUAGAUUCUCCUUGUUUACCCUCAAGCCCUUCCUAGGAAUUCCCCAUCUUUCCAUUGUUUUUCCUAACCUUCACUUAUGAUCUUGGCAGAUUUUAGAAGGUUACCAUAAAAUCCAGCAUUGAUAUACAUAGAUCCCAUUGAAUUUACACAGUAUCCUGUACAAAAUCAUUAUUCUGAUUUUAACAAUUAAUCAAAUCAAGAAUCACACAUGGAUUGAGAUCACAAGACUAUUUCUCUAGAUCAUUAAGGAACCUUGAUGGGACAACUAUGGAGGGAGGUGAAUAACCUAUAUUUAAUGAACCUAUGAAGAGGUGGCAUGGUAUAAUGAAUAGAGAGUUGCCCUGGGACUCAGGAAGAUCAACACCUGUCCUGCCUUUUAUGCAUACAAACUACAGGACCACAUGGAAGUCACUUAACAUUGUCCCAGAAAACUCUGAGAAUAUAAAUUCCAUAUACACUGUACUUUGCACUGGCCAUAGGUUUUUCCAUACUGGGAAUUUCCUAUACUUAGCCAGUGAAAUUAUGGGUACAGAUAUCUCCUCCAUCUAUCCUCUCAAAAUUUACCUAUAUACAAUUGGAAGUUUUUUUCUUUGGUUUUGGACUAUAGUCAGAAUCACUAGAUGUCAACAGACCUGAGAUUUAGUUCCAGCUCAGCUGCUAAUAAAUACAUCUGACAUUGUGUGACACUUGGAGACUUAUAAGGUGUUUUGCAUAAUACUACUUUGCUUGAUCCUUGUAACGUUAUUAAGUAGAUAUGCAUAUAUUAUUAUGCUUAUUUCAUAAAUGAGUAAAUAAAGCAAUCAGAGAGUUGGGUGAAGUUAUAUGCCUAACACUUAUGACACAGGUGGAAGUAUAGCUCUGGUUCUCUAGAAGCAGCAAGGUGGUGGAGAAGUAGAAUCUUGAGUAACACACCACUCAGUUGUCCAAGAUCCUACAGGUAGUUGGUGUGCUAAAAUGCAGUGAGGGCUGAUUUUGAAGGAAAGAAGGAAAGAUGUAUUUAUUACAUGCCUACUAUAUGUGAGAUAUUAUUUUAAACACUUUCCAAAUAUUAUCAUUUUGUCUUCACAGCAACUCUAGGAGAUAGAUGCUAUUAUUAUACUCAUUUUAUAGUACUCUAAGGCAAAGAGAAGUUAAGUGAUUUGCUCAGGAUCAUACAGAUACUGUCUGAGGCUGGAUUUGAACUUAGGUCUUCAAGUCUCCUCUUUCAACAUUCUAUCCACUGUGUCACCUACCUACUCAUCAGGGUGGUGUUGUGGGAAGACUGGAUUUAAAGUCAGAGGGAUGGAGUUCUAAUCCUUACCCUUCCUAUUAGCUGUGUGACUUUGUACAAGUCACUUAGCCAUCCUUAGGCUUAGUUUCCUAAUGUUUAAAGUGAGGGUGUCAGAGGGAAAUACAUCAAAAAAGAUGUCUUUUUUUCUGUAUGGUAUGUGGCACUUUGAUACAAUGAUAAAUUUGCAAACUAAUAAUUACAUUAAAAUAGGUAAUCCUUUAUAUUUUAUAAUAUUUAAAGUUUUCAAAAAUAUUUUUUUAAUGUCUUAUUUAACUUGAUUAUCCUCAUUGCUCUGUUAGGUAUUAUUGUCCCCAUUUUACAGAUGAACAAAAUAAUAUUCUCAUUUGUAUACCAAAAGUUAUAUAAAGCAUGAAAAAGUUGAGAUAUUCAUCUUAUGUGGGAAAUACAGGCUGAAAAACACUUUUAAAAGUUCUUUCCAUAAGUCGAGAGUACAUUACAAUCAGUAGCUUUCAAAGUUAAUUAAGCCAGUCAAAGUUCUGAUUGGCUUGUACAUAUUAUCAUGUGCUCUGCUCCCAGUCACCAACUGCAUGUUCUCCAUGGUACUGCAUUAUUUCCCCCAAUGAAAAUAGCAAAAAACCAAUUAGACUGGGAGUGAUGAGAUGGUUUCUAUUUCUCAUUUUGCCACUUAUUAGCUUUGUGAUUUUGAGCCACACAGCUUCCUUGGCCAUUAGUUUGUUGUUGUUAUUGUUUUUCAUCCAUAAAAUGAGAGCUUUCCAAAUUGCUUUUCCAAUUAAGUAGCCACAAAUCUUUUCCCUCUAGUUUUCAUUAAUAGGGGAUGGGGGAGGGAGGAAAAGAAUCUUCAAAAGUUCCUUUUCUGGCCAUCUUUAAGAAGUAGAAAAACUACAAAGGUAGAAAAUGAUAGAAGAGAACAGUGAAAGAACCACAGAGAAAAUAAAGUCAUCAUUAGAAAGAAUGAAUUUCUAUUAGGCUGGAAUGAGCUAAGGAGCCAUUAAAAUCAGGAUUAGCUUAAAUUGAAUAGUCAUGGGUGUAAGGAAAAUUCUGUCCUGUGGACUCUAUUUCAAAGCUUUUUCCAAAAUCUGUGAGUCAAGGCUCUGAGUUCAUCUCCUGUGGGCAUAUGCUUGUAGUCAGAGCCUUAUCUGAGUCUUAGAGUCAAACAGAUCUUUGGAUGAUAUUCUCCUUGUGAAAGGUAGGAUCAUAAGAUCAUACCCUUAGAGCUACACAGUAUCUUAGAAAUGAAUUAAUAAAGGAAACAGAGACCAAGAAGUGUUAAGUGAUGUGCCAGAGGUCAAAAAGAUAGUUGGUAGUAGAGAUGGAAUCUGCAUAUAUCUUUGAUUCAACACCUGGCAACAGUGCCUGGCCCAUAGAAGACACUUCAUAAAUGUACACUGACUGACAACCUAACUUUCCAUUGUGCCCCAUGCCCCAUGUGUAACCAUAGAAAAGCACUUAAAUCUCAUUAAGCCUCAGUUUCCGUGCCUGACAAAAUAAUGCUAAAUAUCUUGCAGUAUUUUUGUUGGGUACCAAAUGAGGUAAUAUAUGGGAAGUUGUUUUGAUAAGCUUUAAAGAACUAUAUAAAUCAUUAUAGCUACUGAAUGUGGCAUCUUAGUGAUUAGGAUGCUAUUUUGAUACAUUGAACUAUCUGUGGUUUCAUCAUCAUGGACAAACCCUCCAUUUUUUUCUGGUCCUAUGGGACUCUUUUUGCUGUUCAGUCAUACCUGUCUUUUACCAUACAUUCCUGCCAAGUGUUCUGGAGGUUUGAUCUCAAUUGUUUCAUUUCUUGAGAGUGCCAUCUUAAAACUUGAUUUGCCCAGACUGACUCUCACUUGGUGAGUGGCCCAUUUCAUUUUCUAGUCAUCUCCUUGACAGUAUCACUGAAUAUUCGACAAGGCUCUAUUAUUGAAAAAGCCCUUCAUGUUCUUUCUUCAAUUUGAUUAUCACAACAAUCCUUUGACAUUUCAUUAAUGCUUUAAGGCUUACAAGGCACUUUCCUUACCACAAAUAAAGUAGAGAGAAUGUAAGGACAAUUUUAUUGAUGUGGAAACUGAGGCUUAGGGUAGUUAAAUGACUUGAUCCAGGUCACACAUCAAAUUAUCAAAAAGCAGAGCAGAGUAUGAGCAUGAUUCACCACAUCAGGAUGGGGGAUCAUUUAUUUUUUACCUUAUUCCCAUGGCAUUUCCCAUUUCCACAUUCUCUCUUUCUCUCCCUCCAACUCUUUGCUCAUAGGAUUUCUUUUCUUCUUUUUUUUUUUUUUGUGGGACAGUGAGGAUUAAAUGACUUGCCCAGGGUCACACAGCUAGUA